UCUCGACAAGAAUGUUGACGUUUAAUUCAGCUCGUCGGAGGCAACGAAUACGCGCCGCGCGAGUCUCGUGAAUAAUGUCAACGGUUUCCUUGUAACUCGCUGCACGCAGUCGUAAUAAUGUUACGCAUCGCAGAGUUCACGUAAACCCGUAGACUUCAUGAACGAACGAUCGUCGUACGCGCGAGGGCUUUGGCUCGAACUGUGACGCGCCAUAUUGGUUUAAGAGAAUUGUUCAUGUUAGUGGGCUUUGGGUGAAUCAGUUUUAUUGCAAAUGCACAUAGAACAAUAGAGUUCCAACGAUGGAAGAGACUAAAAUCAUAUAUCACAUUGACGACGAGGAAACCCCUUAUCUGGUGAAGCUCACCAUCUCACCGGAAAGGGUCACUCUAGCCGACUUCAAAAAUGUCUUGAAUCGGCCAAAUUAUAAGUAUUUCUUCAAAUCAAUGGACGAUGAUUUUGGUGUGGUGAAGGAAGAAAUUGUAGAUGAUGAUGCCCAUCUUCCCUGUUUUAAUGGACGGGUUGUUUCUUGGUUGGUAUCUGCUGAAGGCAGCAAUGUGUCAGAUGGUGCAUCACAAUGCACAGAUUCAGUGGCACACAGUGAGGUAAAGCAUGAUCGUGUGGAUCAUGUCACACCUGGUCACACAAAUCGUGGCCCACCUCCACUUUCACAUGAUGACACUUUAACUGAAACUGAAAGUAUUACAAGUAGUCGGCAGGGACAUCAUUUGCAUAAAAGUUCAAGACACCAUACAGAUAAAUAUGAGAAAUACAAUAAAUACAAUGGAUUUCGUAUAAAUGGUCAUUCAAAGCACAGAUCGGGCCAUGGUUAUGAGACUGCUUCUAUUUUAAGUUCAGAUUUAGAGACAACAACAUGUUUAGAGUCAGAUGAUGAUGCUAGUAGCCGUAUAACAUCUACCACAGGUAGACACACCAACAUGAGUAGUACAGUUGACAGGGCAACCUUAGAUCGGCGUAAACUACAGAGAAGAAGGCGACAUAGAUUACCACCUAUGUCUAGAACAUCAUCCUUUAGUAGUAUCACAGACAGUACAAUGUCUUUGAACAUAAUAACAGUUUCAUUGAACAUGGAUACUGUUAACUUUCUUGGGAUUAGUAUUGUUGGUCAAAGUAACAAAGGUGGUGAUGGAGGAAUCUAUGUUGGUUCAAUAAUGAAAGGGGGAGCAGUUGCUUUAGAUGGUCGAAUAGAACCUGGUGACAUGAUUCUUCAAGUAAAUGAUAUUAACUUUGAAAAUAUGUCUAAUGAUGAGGCAGUUAAAGUACUACGCGAGGUAGUUCAAAAGCCAGGACCAAUCAAAUUAGUUGUUGCAAAGUGCUGGGAUCCUAAUCCAAAAGGGUAUUUCACAAUACCACGUACAGAACCUGUACGGCCUAUAGAUCCUGGUGCUUGGGUAGCACAUACAGCUGCUAUAAGGGGUGAAGGGUUUCCUCCACGCCCACCAAGUGCUACAACAUUAACAUCCACAUCAAGCAGUCUUGCAAGUACAUUGCCAGAUACAGAACGACCAAUAGAAGAACUACACCUUACGGUGAAUACCGAUAUGCCGACAAUAGUACGAGCGAUGGCUCGGCCUGAUUCAGGGUUGGAAAUUCGUGAUCGCAUGUGGCUUAAAAUAGUAAUACCAAACGCAUUUAUUGGAGCAGAUGUUGUAGAUUGGCUUAUUACUCACGUAGAAGGAUGUAUCGAUCGCCGUUAUGCAAGGAAAUACGCAUCUCUUAUGUUACAAGCUGGUUUCAUUAGGCAUACAGUGAAUAAAAUAAGAUUUUCUGAACAAUGUUAUUAUAUAUUUGGUGACUUAUGUUCAGCCAUGAGUAGCAUGAAACUAGAUUGCGAUACAGUUGGACCAUUACCUCCACCAAAUGCCUGGGACAUGCCUUAUUCAGGAACAUAUGCACCUCAUUCUGCAACUGGUUACAGUCCAAUGCCAUUUAACUUCACUAAUGAGCCGACUGUAUAUGGUUAUCAUCGAUAGUGUAAUAGACAUUCAGUAUAUAUUUCAAAGUAUAAUAUUUUAUCAGGCGGCAGUAGCGCAGGUAGUGAACACAUUUGUAAAGAACCUAUACACGAUUUGAAGUCCUGUUCUUCUGCAUCUGAAUCUGAAUUACAUAUUCCAUCAGUGCCAACUAUGCCGACUAAGAAUUCCGGCAAUGGAAAUGGUUCGAAUGGAAAGAGGUCUAACGGUAGUCGCAGUCGUUCCAGUGGUUCUGAACAGUCUGUGCAGACGGGAACAGGUUCGGGGAAUCAACAGAACCAGCAAGACUUAUCUGGUAGUAGACAGUCAUUUCGCAUUGCGAUGGGAAAUCCUUGUGAAUUCUUUGUUGAUGUUAUGUAGAUGUCGGUGUUGUAAAUAGAUGAGUCAUAAAUUUGGAGAA